GCUAGCAGCUGUUUGAGCUGAAAGAAUUUCUCUGUUCUCUAGUGCUAGUGUCUGUGUAGUGUGUUAUCUUUCGUUUCAAGAAGUCUCAAAUCAAGAGAUGGAAAAUGGCAGGUGAAGAGGACGACCAGACAUGGGUUAGAGAGCUGGAAACAGCCCUUUCAGAAGAAUGCAACUCAAGUAUGGUUUAUGGAAUCUGUCAGGGACAGUCAGUGCCAGAAGAGUUGCGUGCAGAAGUGUGGAAAGCUUGCCUCGGAGUUAAAGAUUGUACCAAACACAUUAUUUUUGAUGAAAUUUUUGACUUACCAGAACAAAAUACACUCCGGGAAGACUGUCAACAGUUUGUUGACAAGCUUGGCAAUGAAGAUGAGGACAAGGUGUCGGUGUUGUGUGACCUGGAGUCUAUACUAACACAUCAUCGCCGCUCGUUGGGGCCGCUCGCUCACUACACGAGAGGUAAUGGCUGGGUGGAACUGCUUCUGCCGCUCAUUGCGCUCAAGUUACCCAGAGACCAGACCUGCGCACUUUUUCAGGCUGUGGUGAAGAAGUACAUUCCGUGUAACAAGAACAUAUUUCACCUGUUCAGAUUGUUGUUGUUGUACCACGAUCCCCAACUCUGCAACUUCCUGGACACAAGACGAAUAACUCCAGACAAGUAUGCCACACCUUGGUUUCAGUCGCUGUUUGCCGCUACCUGCAGCCUACCUGUGGUCACCGCUAUGUGGGAUCUCUAUUUCCAAAAAGACGAUUGUUUCUUCCUCAUGUUCCUUGGGCUGGUCAUGGUUGUCAAUGCCAGAGAGCAGAUUCUGGAGAUGGGACAGGAAGAGAAGGACAAGAUAGCUGCUGCUGUAGGCACUCUACCUUGCGGACUGGAACCUGAGGAUGUGGAAGACUUUUGUUCUCUGGCACAGUACUACUGCAACAGGACCCCUACUUCUUUUAGAGAGGAGUUGGAGACGAGCCUGUUUGGACUGCCCGAGGGUGAGGGGGAGAGUGACAGUAAGAUAGCCCAGGCUCUGUGUCUACCUGUGUCAGUGGCGGAACUGAUAGAGAACACGUCACUGCUUGAGUUGACUGAGGACACACCUCGUUUCUUUCUUGUCGACUGUCGACCUGCAGACCAAUACAAUGCUGGACACCUCGCCACUGCCUUCCAUCUGGACUGCAACCUGAUGUUACAGGAGCCUGUUGGUUUUGCCACGGCAGUCCAAGGUCUGCUGUCGUGUCAGAGGCAGGCCAUAGCUGCCGGCAGCAACGCGGGCGGUGAGCAUCUGUGCUUCCUGGGCUGUGGACGGCUGGACGACGACCAGUACACUCACAUGGUCGUUGCGUCUUUCCUGCAGAAACAUACACAGUACAUCAGCCUGCUUACAGGCGGAUAUCAGGCCAUACACCAAUACCUGGGGGAGAGGGUGAAUGCUACCCUGGUGGAUCACAACCCCAGCUGCUGUCACGAGUGUUGUGUGUCUAACAGUCUAGAGAUGAGCCACCAGAACGGCAGCACAUCUAGCAGCUCCUCUGAUUUGUUCGGAAAAAUAGGAGCUGCAAUGAAACUAAAGUCGGCCGAAGUGAAGGACAAACUGCUUGAGUACAUAGUGAACCCCAGCGGCGGCAACCCUGCGGCCAGUGACCGCCAUGUGAGCGCCAGUGACAAAUUGGGCAAGAGAUAUCGCAACAUGGCACCGGUGUUCAGCAUUGACGACGAGCUUGACACUCCUGAUAUAGAAACAGAAAACCACGUUCUAGAAGAUAUGGCCACUCUGGAAACUGUUUCGUUGUCCGCAUGGCUCAAGAAACCAGAAGUGGUUGCGUCCUUCAAGUGUCAAGAGGUUAACCUUAGUGGUUACAUGUAUGAGAGUCAUCUACUGGUAACGCCUACUCACGUUUAUGUUCUGAGAGAAACUGCAAAGAAGAAAGAUUCUGCCCAGAUAGUAGUCAAGCGACCUCUCUCUAACAUCGCCAAGAUAACGUGUAAAAAGAAGCAGCCAGACUUGAUAACGUUCAAAUAUGGAAGACAACAGGGGGAUAAUCUAGUUAUCUCUGAUAUGGAUAGGUUUUUGAUACCGCAAGCAGCUCAAGCCACAAGAAUAAUUUCCGACCAAAUCCUGAAAAACUUACAAGACUCAACAAAAGAUGGUGUUAAUACUUAACAGCAGCUUUGGCUUAGGUGUAAAUAAUAAACCCGGUUUUCAUGUACAGCAAUUAAUGGACCAUGUCUAGUCAUAUGCGUUACUGAAUGACUUGAUUUACCGCCAUAAGUCAGUGAAUUUCCUCCAAACAUCCAUUUGUGAAAAUGUUCUUAAAUUUGUACAGUUUGGUUUUACACCCUGGGUGGUUGUAUAACACUUAUAAAGCUGUAUUCUGUAAAUACAACUUGUUUUGAGGACAGUGUGUAUUAAAGUAUUUUUUUAUUUAAUAGAUAAUAUUGCUACUGUUUCAAAUAAAUGCUAUUUACGGGAUUACUAUUUGUAUUACAAGCAUUAAAUUAGUUAGUCGCAAAAUAAGAUUUUUGAUGAGAUUGCCUUAAAGUUUCAAUUUAUUGCAAAGUCUAGUGGCAUCAAUGACAUAAAAAACAUUGUUACAAAUAUUCUGUGGAAUUUGCAACAUAAGUAACCAUUAAAAUAUGUCCACCCUGAGACACCUUUUGUUUUGUGACAUUCAAAAAAUGUUUCAUCAUUAAUGUAAAAUCAAUUGAUUAUAUUAUAUCUGUUGUUAAUAUUACUUAUGUUACAUGUAAAUUUUGUUUUCUAUACAUGUAAAAUUACCUGAGGUCAAUUUUUUAUGUCGAUUUAUUUGUUGGUUGUACAUUAUGACUAUAUUUCCACAGUACAAUGAUGCAAUAAAUUAAAUCACACCCAACUAUGAAUUCAACAUUAUAUUUUAAAGUAGGCCUACUUAUAAACAGUAGUCACCCAUCCUACGAAAUAUAAAUGGUUUUUUAUAAAUUCUGUAUGUUCCAGUUAAAAUAAUCUUCGCAUAAAAACAGUUCUCGUUUACUUUAGUGGCACUUGCGUUUUAAAUCAUGGUUGUUGAUAAGUUUUGAUUAUGAAAUAUUAUUACGUUUUGUUAUAUUAUUAUUUUUUGUUAUAUAUUGUAUGUAGAUUUAUAAACAGAUGUGAUUCUUUGUUGGUUGCUACCCUUUGCUUAUUUCUGGGUGCUAGGUAAAAUCAAACCAGGAUUCCUUACAUCUGUAGUAAAAUUUUUUUCAACUUAAUGAUGCUGAUUAAUUUUAUUCCAAGUGCAAAACAUCAAGCGUCAGUAUAAGUAAAUUGCAUUACAGCACCAAACGAACAAAGAUAGCGAGUUCAGUAUGAUAUUGCAAGCCUUGUUCGUUUUGUGAAAUAUUUGUAUUUGUAUAUUGUAUUCAAUGUAAUUUAUUUAUUUUAAUGUUUUCACAUGUUGAAACCCUUGACAAUGUUGCUCUUGUACCAAAAUCAACCGUUUUUUUUUUCUUAAAUUGGACUACAUUUGUUAAGAAGCAUAUUUUCUCAUAAUUUGAGUCCUAAAAUAAAAAUUGACAUAACAUAAAUUGGUUUGUUAUGAAUACAAUCAUCACUGCAAUACACAAUGUUUCAUUUUCUUCAUACACAUGUUGUAAACUAAAUGCAUGAAAUUAUGUAAAAGUGUCCUUUAGGUAUAAUGGUAUUAUUUAAGGUUAGCCAAUAUUUGUUGGUUUUAAAUUACAUAGCAACAUCCUCAGCAGGUGCGGUUUUUAUUGAAAUAAUAUUUACAUGCAUCAUAUUUUUUAUGGAUUUGAUUAGGAUGCAAAAAAAAUUAAAAGCUUUUUCAACAUGAUCAAAAACUAAAUUUUCCGUGUUUUAUGAAUAGUGCUAGAAAUAUUUCAUUCCUAGUUUUGUGAUAGAUAUUUUUUACUUGAAACGUAAUAAAAUAAACUAUUGUCCUCACUUUGUACUUAUUUGUUGUAUUUAUUGUUUGUGUGAAAUCAAACGAGUAUUUUAUGUCUUUCUUAAUCUAGUUAUGUGUUAAAGUAGGUGUAUCUAGAUUUAUUUAUGCACUUUGCUUAGUUGGAUUUUUAAUACAACAGUUUAUCACAAUUUAUCUAAUAUAGCUGUUGGAUUAUACAAAUUUUAGAUUGUCGCUAUGGUUAGAAUUUUGCAUUUGAAAGGUAACGUCAAAAUCUAGUUUUGAAAUAUUCUACAUUUUAUACCUCGCUAUACCAUAAAGCAUUACAGCACAUAUCUUCUUUGUUUCUGUGUGUUUGUGUAUGUUAUCAUUAACAAAUCAGUAUUUUGGGGAAACAUACAUAUUCUGUUUUUGGACAGUCAAUUAGUUGUCAUUGGAUGACAUGUCUUGGGUUUGGUAACAUUGCUAAAAACAGUUACAGUGAAAGCUCUCUAAAGCCCCCUAUACACGGGCAAACAUGUUCGCGAGCAUGUUCGUGAUGGUUUUGGUGACAAACAUGCUCGCCCGUGCGUGGGGUCUGCAAGCCUUCGUACCGGCGAGCAUGUUGUGCUCAGCUCUUCGGACUGUCACAGCACGAGAGAAGUGAGUACUGUGCAGUGGCGGGAAGCAAGUUCGCGAGCAUGCUCGACCAUCUGUUGGAAACGCCGAGCAUGUUUGCGAGCGUGUCCGCCAACAGGCUCGCGAACAUGCUCGCCUGUGUAUGGCGGCUUAACUUGACAAUUAGUUGACCCAGAGGUUGUUGAGUUUGGGGGGUGUAGAUUUAUCCAGAACUUCAAAAUAUAUAAUGAGUCUUAAUAAAUGAGUAAAUAACAGACUAUUUUUUACAUAUAAAUCUAUUACAUGACUUUUUUUUAUUGAGUUGACAAUCUUUAAAGAAAUGUUAAAUAAUCAACAAUGAAAACUAAUUUAAAAAAAAUUGAUCUUCUGUCUGCAGUUUUUCAGCUGUGCAGGUUACACAUAAGUUACUGUCAUGUUAGUGAGCUUUCACUGUAAUAUAUUUUUCUCUUUUUUACAUGAAAUACAUGUUAUUACUGAGUUUUAAAUAAUUAAAAUAUAUUAAGUUUACAAAAUGUUAAGAGAUAUAUUGUUCUUUUUAAAUGCUUUAUCAUUUAAGAAAAUAUGUUUCAUAAUUAUUAUUGUCAUAGUCAUUAUAUUGUGCCAACUGUACAGUAUAGUUGGAUAGUACGCUAACAUAUCUUUUGCUGCAUUAUAUAAAUCUGCAAAGUUGUUGAAAUAUAUUUCGUCCCCCACAAGCAAUGCAUUAUAUCAUGAGCGUAUUUUAGGGUUAUGGCAACCCAAAAACUUGUGUUCUUUAAAAUCUUUACACAGAAUGAAGUUUUGUUGUUUUUUUUUUUGUUUUGUUGACCUCUCUAUCAUUAAGUAUAAUGUCUCUUGAAGAUAAUCAUUUAAAAUUACACAUUUUCUAGCAGCUAGCCUGCCUUGGUAUUUUAAGCUGCAAACUUCUCUUUUUGAAGUGGCUGUCACUGUGUUGUUUUAUAACAAUUUAUGAGAUCUUUAAUAAAUUUACUUUUAUGAUGAGAAAUUUUGCAAGGCAUUUUUAACAUAAUAGUUUGUAGUCUACUGUUAUGUAUUAAUAUUUUACUCUUACAACACUUUUUUGGGGUAGCCUAAGAAUAUUUCAACAGAGACCAAUUUUUAAUAAUACGUUACUGAACAACUAUACCUCGUUGGUUACCAUGUUUUAAAGAGGGUUAAUUGAUUCCAUGUUAUUUAUCUCUUAGGUUUUACUAACAGAUUUGUAUCCGGUAAUACUUGUUUGCAAUAAAUUUUUAUUAUAAAUCAAAUAGUAACGCCACAGCCACCUCUAAUACAUUAGAGCGUAUUAGAGGUAGCGUAUUAGAGGUGGCUGUGGUAACGCCUAUCAAAGAGCAAAAUUUGCCAUGAAGAGGACUGAACCAAAAUAAGCUUCAUAUUUUACAACAUUGUACAAUAGAAUUUAUCCUACAAUUAAAUAUACUAAGUACUAAAAAGUAAGCAUACUUCAAAAGAAAAAAGAGAAAAUUUUUACUCUGUACUCAAUUUUAUAAACUUUUAGAAUAAAUGUACCUUUUCUUACCUAGUUACAAAGUGAACAAAAAUUAAGUUAGCUAUUUAAACUCUUAACAUGUUAUUUGUUUGUAACUUGAUGUACAGGAAAUUCAAGCAAUUGUAUAAAGGUUAUGUUGAGCCUUACAAAUCACUGUACUGUUUGUUUUUUGUUUCUGUACAGAAGUGCAUAGGCUAGUAUGUAACUGUAAAUUAGCUUAUAUUAAGCAGUUUUAAUUCUGAAAGUUAAAAAUCAAGUAGUUUAAAUGAAUAUUAGUUUUAUACUGUAUUUAUAACUGACCAUGUGAAGAACGUAUGUUACUGGAAAAUAAAUUAAUUUUACGUAA